ACUUGUUGGUAGUUAUGAUGACAAUUUCUUUGCUCUUAUCUCCUGCUGAUCCAUCCCUGCAUUUGUCCAAGACUCCAAGUCAAGUGAAUGUCGUCCGUGAGAGAGCGAUUCGGCCGGCGGCGAGCACCGCGAUCUUGUUGAGCUAAAGAGUGGGGGAAGCGGCGCCCGCGCCCGACCUACUUUACUCCGAGUCUCUGACUACGCUGUCCGUUGUACACUGCCAUAGGAAUAGCAGACAAGAAAGGGGCGUGUUUCUCUUAUCUCAUAACAUCUAUCCGCUCCUUUCUAUAGAAGAAGGCCACCCUCGUCGCGGGACUUCGCUCGUUUCUGUCCCCUCCCCGUUUGCGUUCUUUGACCUACCCGGCACCCACAAUGGCCCUCACCAGACAAGCAUUUGUCGGCACCUUUAUCCACAGCAAAACAAAGGCCGAGCUUGAAUAUGCCCAUGAGACGGUGCUUCUCAUUGACGAGAAUGGCAUCAUUGCCAAAAAGGGUCCUGCUAAGGACUUGUCAGCCUUGAUCACGUCCCUGGGCUGGGAUGAGAGCAGCGUGAAUGUGACACGCAGUCCACCAGGUGGCUUCUUCUUCCCAGGCUUCAUCGACACGCACAUUCACGCCUCGCAAUACCCCAAUGCCGGCAUCUUUGGCAAAUCCACCCUCCUCGCCUGGCUAAAGAAGUACACCUUCCCGCUCGAGUCGUCCCUCAAGGACCUCGCGCGCGCCCAGCGCGUCUACACAGCCUGCGUGAAGCGGACGCUGGCGCAUGGCACGACGACGGCGGCGUACUAUGCGACCAUUGACGUGGACGCGACCAACCUCCUCGCCAAGCUCUGCUUCGACCUGGGACAGCGUGCGCUGGUUGGACGCGUCUGCAUGGACCGACCAGAUCUCUGCCCCGACUUUUACCGCGACGAGUCUGCCGAGGAGGGCCUCCAAAACACAAAAGCGUGCAUCGAGUACAUCCAGCAGCUGAAGGGCAACGGAGACGAUGCCCUCGUGCGCCCGAUCCUCACGCCACGGUUCGCGCCCAGUUGCACAUCAGACUCGAUGCGUGGGCUAGGCGCGUUGGCGAGAGAGAAGGAUCUACACGUGCAGACGCACAUUUCCGAGAACAAGGGCGAGGUCGAGCUCGUCAAGGAGCUGUUCCCGGGGUACGAGGACUACACGGACGUGUACGACCAGCACGACCUGCUCACGCCCCGGACGAUCCUCGCGCACGGCAUCCACCUCUCGGAGCGGGAGGCGCGCGCCAUCGCGGCCCGGCAGAGCAAGGUCGCCCACUGCCCGUGCAGCAACUCGUCGCUCAGCAGCGGGACGGCGCGUAUCCGCUGGCUGUGGCGGCAUGGUGUCGAUGUUGGUCUGGGCACGGACGUGUCGGGUGGUUACUCGCCGUCCGUCCUUGAGGCGGCGCGCCAGGCGGCGCUCGUGAGUCGGCAUGUCUGUAUGAGUACGGAGGACGACGAGGACAAGCUGAGCGUGGAGGAGGUUCUGUAUCUGGCUACGAGGGGCGGCGCCCAGUGCGUUGGGCUCGAGGGUAAGGUGGGUGCUUUUGAGGAGGGCAUGGCCUGGGACGCGCAGCUCGUGCAGUUCCGGAACGUGCCUGAAGGAGAAGAGGAGGAGAUAGGCGACGGUGGUAACGUGGAUGUGUUUGGGUGGGAGGACUGGGAGGAGAAGAUGGCCAAGUGGGUGUACUCUGGCGACGACCGCAACACGGCCAGGGUUUGGGUUCGCGGGCGGCUGGUGCAUUCGAGGGGAUAGACGGCUGAUGACAUGACUACUAGAUCCGAGAUGAUAUGAACUACCUAACAUAAAGAUACUGGGCUUACUGUGCUCGCACCUGGUGAAGACUGGAAGCCGGAU